AUGGCACUACGAGUCGCAGAGACCACCAUUGCUAUGGCGGCCGCCGCCUCAGAGCCCUGCACGCUGGAGCGCCUCUGCUCGUCCAACUUCGCGAAGCACCUCAUCGCGCCGCUGCAGCGCGCCUCGUCCCUGUUGGGCUCCGGCGACCUGUGGCAGAUGCACGCCGACGCGGACGAGGCAGAGGCCGCCGCCCUCGCCGCUCAAGGCGGUGACGCUGGGGCCGCGCGUUGGCCUUGGAAAAUGAGCGCCGUCGUCGCGCGCAUCGAGACGUCGCUGUCGCGGUUCACGCGGGCUAAGCCGCCUCCUUCCCCCACCAGCGCCUCGAGCAAGCCGAUGAGAUCGCCGAUAGCCGCGAGUGUUACCGCCGACCUGCCGGCGAUGUCGCCGAAAUCGCCCAACCCCGUGUCGAGGAGGUUCAAGCAGCGCGGCGCCGCGGAGUCGCAGAUUCAGUUCCGCCUCUCCCCUUCUCAUCUCGCCUCCGUCGCCGGCGCCUCUGCGGAACUUGAUCUCGCCGCCGCUCGCGGCACACGCAAUGCGGCCAAGGCCACGCAGGAGGAGCCCGUCGGUCGCGGGGCGCCCGCCGCACGUCGCGGCAGAGCGACCUUGAGCAUGGAUGAGGAGCAGCUGAGCGCAUGGCAGCAGCUCGCCCCCCCCAGUAGCCCAACAGGUCGUGGCGGCGCGAUUGGCGCGCAGCGUGCGCACAGCUUCCGGCGAUUUAGCACGAUCUGCCAGGUGCGGGCGGGAAGCGGGAGCACGGAGGCACGAGAUGGCGCGGGGAAUGGCGCGGGGAGCGGCGAGGAUGCGCGCGCGGAACGGGAGGGGUUCGCGGCCGACGGGAUUAUCGUUCUGGCGGGCGGACUGAAACGCGACGGCACCGUUCCAGCAGAGUGGGUGGCGCGGCGCCUGGAUGCAGCGACUGGAUUCAACCAUGCCAUGCACGGGGGGCAUAAGGAGGACAAUCAGCGUUUCCCCUUCCCCUCCCUUUCUCUCGUCUCCCCCUCCCCACCCUCCCCUUUCUCCCCCCCACACCCCCCUUCCUCACCCAUUCCCCGCAGAGCAGAGUGGGUGGCGAGGCGCCUGGAUGCAGCGGCGCAGCUCUACCACGCCAUGAACGGGGGGGAGGGGGAGGGGAAGGACAGCGCACUGAACGGGGGGCAAGGGGACGUCUCCGCCUCCGCCUCAACCUCCGCCUUCCCCAGUGUCCCCUCUAGCGCCUGCCGCUGCCCCAUAGUGGUGCUGGGGGCGGGCACGCCGCACGUGCAGCCAGUGCUGAGUCAGCACGGACACAUGUGGCAUGAGAGCAGCGCGUGCGCUCAGUACCUCAUGGACAACCACGGCAUCCCCUCCGCGCACAUAUACAAGGAGUGGGCGUCAUACGACACCAUGGCGAACGGGUUCUUCUCUCGAGGCGCCUCAUAUAGUUCCUUCCCCUCCCCUCCCUCCCCCCACGUUUGCUCCCCCCUUCCCCCCCUUCCCCCCCUUCUUCCCCAGCACAACAUUCCCCCCACACACAUCUACAAGGAACCCUCCCCAUUGCUCCCCCCUCACUCCUGCUACUCCUCCCCCCCACAGCACGGCAUCCCCGCCUCGCACAUUUACAAGGAGUGGGCGUCAUACGACACCGUGGCAAACGGGUUCUUCUCCCUCGUGUGGCACGCCGUGCCGCGGCGCUGGCAGCGCCUGCUGGUGCUCACCUCCGCCUUCCACAUGCCACGCUCCGCCCUCAUCUAUGAUUGGAUCUUCUCCCUCCAUGGCUCCGGCUUUGCUGAUCUGCGCACUCCUCCGCUGCUUUCCCCCUCCUCCUCUUUCGCCUCCUCCUCCUCCUCCUCCUCCUCCUCCUCCUCCUCCUCCUCCUCCUCCUCCUCCUCCUCCUCCUCCCUCUCCCUCCCCCUCUCCCCCUUGCGCCCACCACACGGCCAAUGGGAGGAGUACAUUCCGCCCUGGCGUCACCAUGGGCUGAGGGUGGAUGGAACAGGGCCGACUGGGGAAGGUGGAUUCAGGAGAGGGCGAACUGCAGGACAGGGUGGGGAGAAGGCAGGGGGGAAUGGGGCUCUGUUGGGGGAUUCACCUGAUCAGGUGGUUUCGCAGGUGCCGUCGCCAGGGGAUCCGUUGGAGCAGGGCUAUGAGAUUCGGUUCAUCAGCGCAUCGGAUGCCGGCAUUGAUCCUGACAUGAUUCAGCACUUCCAUCCGAACCUGCUCUCCACUCCCCCUUCCCUUUCAGCCGCGCUGCAGCAACGAGGCAGACAGCAUUCGCCUGCUGAUGCCAUGCAUACCACAUCUGCAUCUUCUCCCCGCCUCGUCCUGGCCCUCACCACCCACUCCCAACACAUCCCUCUCAGGCCCGGCAAAUAA